UGCUCGUGUAGUUACCAUGUCGCGACGCAAACAGUCCAAACCGCAGCAUAUCAACUCUGAAGAACCCAAUUUAACAGAAAAUGGAGUUCAAGAUGUUCUUGCAGAAGAUGGGAAUGCAAACAAGCGGUCUCGAAUGGAGGAGACGAGAGUUUGUGAAAAAUGCUGUGCGGAGUUCUUUGAUGAGCUGGAGUUUUUGGAACAUGAAAGAAAUUGCACCAAGAAUCAACAGGUAGUCAUCAUGAAGGAUGGCGACAGUAAUGAAAUUCCAGAGUUCUCGCAACACUCGCCUGACGACAUUCAAAGUGACCAUAGUGAUGGGCAGAGUAGCAGCAAUUCCCAGUCGAAGCACAGCAUGGAGUCAGAAGAGACCAUGGAUGAUGAGUCCAAGUUAACUACUGAUGGUGACUUCAAACAAGCCCAGGAGGAUAUGUCUAGAAGCCCUGACGGCGGCUACGCAUCGAAAUCGCAAGACUCCAAUGUAACCCUAGAAGCCAUGUCUGCCACCAGGGUAGCCGUAACACAGCAUUCAUCUAGUCAAAAGUCUCCAUCACUCCCAGUUCCACAAGAUCCCCUCCAUACGAUACCCAUGAUCCUUGAGCAAUUGGUCAGUCUUCAGCAGCAGCAACUGCUACAGAUCCAGCUGACUGAACAGAUCCGGAUACAAGUGGCCAUGAUGACACCCCAGAGCAUACGGUCUGCGGUUGGAGCAACGGUAGAUCCGCUCAAGGCACUUGGUGCACAUCUUUCCCAACAACUCUCAGCUGCUGCUGCUCUCAUCGGAAAGCGCACAGGUUCCCAAAGUUUGUCCUUGGAAGCUCUCAAGCAAGAUAAAUUAUCUCAGUCCAAAAGCAUUCCAGCAUCACUCACCAGAGGUAUAAGCUCAAUACCUUUGAAGACUGAGAUGAUGAAAGGGCUCCCAGAGCUGGCCAGUCGACUUCCGGCUUUACUUCCCCAAUCGCCAGCUGUUAUGGCAUUCCAGAGCCCCUUCGGUGCCUUUUCAGCGAGUAUAGACCCCUCCAAAAAGUUGAAACCCAAGGUUCCUGGUGUAGACGAGAUAAAGAACGGAGGUGGUGAGCACAUGUAUAAGCAUAAAUGCAAGUUCUGUGGCAAGAGCUUUGGAAACGACAGCGCCCUGCAGAUUCAUCUACGCUCGCACACCGGGGAACGCCCAUUUAAAUGUAACAUAUGUGGAAACCGCUUUACGACAAAAGGCAACCUCAAGGUGCAUUUCCAGAGGCACAAAGACAAAUACCCGCACAUUAAGAUGAAUCCGCAUCCUGUACCGGAGCACCUGGACAACAUCCCUACGAAGAACGGCAUCCCCUAUGGCAUGUCUAUUCCCAUCGAGGAGUCCAACAUUCUAGACAGCAAACCAGUCGUUGGCCUCUCAUCCACAGCCCCCCUUCCAUCCUUGCCCCAGGGACUGAAGUCGUCUUUUGAUAUUCCGAUGUCUGGUGAUAUUUACAACCAAAGACCCUCUUCAUCUGGCAGUGAUGGCGCCUCCAUUUCAUCAGGCAUGUUCUAUCAUGAUGCAGGACUGGAUCAAAGCAAGGACGCCACAGAUGAGCUAGGCAGCCUCCACCACAGUAACGGUGUCUUGGGUGCGGACCAGAACGGAUCUGGUACAGCCAAACUUCAGCAGAUGGUGGAUGGCUUGGAGAAGAAGACCAAUGACCCCAAUGAAUGCUUAAUCUGCCACAGAGUCUUAAGUUGCCAAAGCUCCCUUAAGAUGCAUUACCGUACACAUACUGGUGAACGCCCUUACAAGUGCAAGAUAUGCGGCAGGGCCUUCUCGACCAAGGGUAACCUUAAAGCCCACUACGGUGUACACAGGGCCAACACUCCUCUUAAAAUGCAACACUCCUGCCCAAUUUGUCAAAAGAAGUUUACUAACGCCGUUGUGCUACAACAGCAUAUUCGAAUGCACAUGGGUGGCCAAAUUCCCAACACUCCUUUGUCCGAAGGCCAGUAUGACGGACCAGAAAUGAUGGAUUCCAGUUUGACAGAUGAGAAGAGCAUCGAUGCAAGUGGGAUGGAAGAGAGCAUUGAAGAACAAGAUGUUGAUUUUGACUCUACAGACAAGCUCAACAGCUCCGAGGUGUCCCCAGUACCCGUUUCCAAAGGGGAUCAGCCCCUCAACGACACACCUGCCAUGUUUUCUGGCAUCACCGCCUUAGAAAACCAUAUGAAAAGUCUCACAUCAGCCCUGAAUCUGCAGCGACAGAGCAGCACCGCAUCCGAAAGCGACGGCGGACUUAAAGAGUCUCCGUCGACAGCUGGAGAGCUGGAAUACAAAAAUGGACGCAGUCCAGUGGUGUCUGAUUCUGCCUCCUUGCAUUCGUCAUCUCCAGUAAAUGGACUGUUGGAAAACGGACAGACAAAAUCUCCCGAGUCUGUAAACGAAGAUGAUUGCAAUGAAACCGCUGCCAGGACAGAGUCGGAUGGAGCCCAGAAUUUCAGCGAAACUAAUGGAGCGCUCGACUUGACGUCCAGUUUCUCAACAAAGGCCAUCAAAGAAGAGCCUGGUCUACCAUUUCCCAAUGAAUAUUCUGCAGGCCACAUGCAGUACAUAAGAGCACCUCCAAGCCUGGUUAAGAUGGAAAUGCAGAUUCCGUACGAGAACCCCCUGGGAGCCCUCAGUCAAUAUGGUUCACAGGUACCCCAGGCGACUGGUACUCCGUCCCCCAACUCCAGUGCCCCUCGCCGCUCCGCCAAGCAACAUCUGUGUAAUGUCUGUGGCAAGAACUUCUCCUCUGCCAGCGCGUUACAGAUCCAUGAACGCACACACACUGGAGAGAAACCCUUUGCAUGUACCAUCUGUGGCAGAGCUUUUACAACAAAAGGCAACCUUAAGGUACACGUCGGAACACACAUGUGGAAUAACUCAGCAAGACGCGGUCAGCGCCUGUCUCUGGAUAACCCCAUGACGUUAAUGGCCAUGGGUGCAGAGUCAAAAAUGAUCCCAGAUAUGAUGCCACCUCCAAAAGAGUUGAUCGCCCCGCCAAUCAACUUCGACCCUUCCGUAUGGAACCAGUAUGCGGCGGCUUUUACAAACGGACUGACCAUGAAGGCCAAUGAAAUUUCAGUCAUCCAGAAUGGAGGAAUCCCAAUUCCUGGAAGCCUUGCAGCAGGCCCUUUGGUUGCUUCCACAGGGGGGCUGAUGAAAAUGGACCCCUCGCAUACAGGCAUUCCAGCAUCUCUUGCCGAAAUAGAAAAGAACGGCUCGGAGAGUGUUGUCAAGUCACAGUUUCCACAUUUUAUGGAGGAGGGCAAAGUCAAUUAAGACCAUCCUGAACUUUCUGUAGUAAUUUGAGUAUAUUUACUCAAUUAUUUUUUUCAAUGCGCAAUCAAA